AUUAGAGCCAUCUCUCUUCUAAUUAUAGGAAUUUAAGCCUAUUAUCCACAUGUCCAAAGACUGGGAAAAGUUCCCCCUUGUUUUCUCCUCUGACCAGGUAAAAUUGAUCCAUGUGUUGCUCUGAUCAAGUCCAAGUCAAGAUAUGUUUGCUCAGCAUUCAGCAUCACACUGCACUACACAAAAGAAAGAGUAAAUGCAGUAGCAAGUCUUAACGUGACAUGAUCUGACCUGAUCAAAGAAUGCAUAAGUUAGGUUUGGGUUUAUUUUUGGUUUACACCAAAGUGUUGUUUCUUUGACUAGUCCUUCCUCAACUUAUGGGAGUUGACUUGCCACCUUGGAUACACAUAGAUAGGAUGUCAACAUGCACCCCAUGAUUUGAAUGAGUAGGGGUUGCUUGAGGUGCCACCAACUUGACUUCUGCAUCCACAUGUGCCACUGGAGGGCUACUGACUACCCACAAAAACAAGAAUUAGAUGGCCAAGAUUGGUGAGGCCUUAUGUUGAUGGGCAAAAGGAAGAAGGAAAAUUGAGCUUGGUAAUUGUGUGUGUUCAUGAGUUUGACCUUUUCCAAAGUCAAACUAAUCAGAAUCCAGUGGGGUGAAUUCACCUUCCAUCUCUACUGUGUUUUUGUUGAUAUUUGCUUGGUUGUGGGGAAUUUAAUCUAAGGUUGGAAGUGGGUGCAAACUCCAUAUGGUCAAUUAAUCAAACAGGUGUUGGGCACACUAGGGGCGUGGAGUGGGUCGGGCGUCUCUUGUUUGGGUAGUUGGUCUCUGUGAUUGGCUUCCACGACACAUGAUGCAUACAUUUCCACACGCAACAACUGGUCCAAGCAUCCCAUGUCGACCUCGGUCCUCGCAAAGAAGAAGACCGAGAGGAAGAAGCAGCAGCCCGGAUGCCCGCUCUAUGACACCAUAAAAGCUCGGAUCCCAACUCAACCAUCACGACCACAGAGACCUCUUCCUGCAUGGCCGCGAUGAACAGGACCAUCUCCGUGACGAGGCUGUCGCAGAAGCUGGUCGUCCCGGCGGAGCCGACGCCGACCGGCACCCUCCGGCUCUCGUGGCUCGACCGCUACCCGACGCAGAGAGCCCUCAUCGAGUCCCUCCACGUGUUCGACCGCAGCGACGGCGACCCCGCGGCAGCGAUUCGCGGCGCCCUGGCCAAGGCCUUGGUCCACUACUACCCCCUCGCCGGCCGGCUCACCGUGUCGGAGCAGGGGGAGCUCCAGGUCGCCUGCAACGAGGCCGGGGUGUGGUUCAUCGAGGCGUCCGCCGACUGCCGCCUGCGGGAGUUGGACUACCUGGAGCACCCGUUGAUGAUAUCCAAGGACGAGCUCCUGCCUCGUCCCCAACCCCAGCUGGAGCAGGCGGAGGAGGAAAGCCUCGUUUUGAUGGUCCAGCUGACCAACUUCACAUGCGGCGGAUUCGUGGUGGGCUUUCGGUUCAGCCACGCCAUCUCCGACGGGCCAGGAGCAGCUCAGUUCUUCAACGCCAUCGCAGAGAUGGCGAGGGGCCUCGCCAAGCCCAGCGUCGAGCCGGUCUGGUGCAGGGACGCCAUCCCUAACCCCCCAAAGUUCAUCUCGGGGCCCUGCGCGCUCCCCACCGACGUCCACCUACAGUACCUGAUCAUGGACAUCCCCCUGGACUACAUCGGCCAUCUCAAGAACCAGUUCUUCGACCAGACCGGCGACCGGUGCUCCAGCUUCGAGGUCCUGAUCGCCAAGGUCUGGCAGUGCCGGACGCGGGUCAUCGGGCUCGACCCUGACGUCGACGUCCACCUCUGCUUCGCCAUGAACACGCGCCGCCUGCUGCACCAGGUGCUGCCCGCCAACGGCAGCUACUACGGCAACUGCUACUACAUCAUGAAGGUGACGACGGCGAGCAGGACGAUCGCCGGCUCCUCGAUCACCGACAUCGUGAAGCUGAUCAAGGACGCCAAGAAGAAGCUGCCGGCGGAGUACGCCAAGUGGGCCAAGGGCGAGCUGAAGGAGGACCCGUAUCAACUGACGUCGGCGUACGAGUCGCUGCUGGUGUCGGACUGGACCCGGCUGGGGUUCGCCGAGAUCGACUACGGCUGGGGAUCCCCGGUGCACGUCGUCCCCCUGACCAACGCCGACUACAUCGCGACGUGCAUCCUCGUGAAGCCGUCGGUGCCGAGGCCCGGCGCCCGGUUGAUGACGCAGUGCGUCACCAAGGACCAGGUGGCGGCGUUCCAGGAGGCCAUGAUGAGCCUGAGCUGAGCUCCCGGCGCAGGCAGGGGGACGCCUUUCCGAGCUCGACGGGACAAUAAGAUUCGUUGACGGAUUCUUUGCGAUUACGUGUUCUCUGUGAUUUCUUGGUUUGGUGUCGGUUGAAAGAAACAUGACGUUUGUGUGCA